AUGCCGUCGCAACCCACGAACUCGGGCAUCGUCACCGACGAGGCCAGCGGCGAGCGCGAAAUUCCCCAGUCCGUCCGCGCCGAUGGCAGCACACGCAAGGCAAUCAAGAUCCGCCCCGGCUACCGCCCCGCCGAGGAUGUCGAGGUGUACAAGAACCGCACCGCCGAGGCCUUCCGCGAGCGCGGCAAGAGGAUUGGUAUCCCCGGCGCCGCGGGGUUGAAGGAAGAAAAGACUGAGCAGUCGUCAGCCGCCAGCAACAAGAACGCAAAGAGGCGCGAGGCCCGGAAGAAGGCCAAGGCUGCUACAGAAGGCGACGAUGCAGCUGCUGCGGCGCAAGAGUCCAAGCCCGAUGAAGUCGACCCUGAAGUUGAGCGCGAGAAGAAGGCACGCAAUCUUAAGAAGAAGCUGAAGCAGGCCAAGGAGCUCAAGAACAAGAAGGAAGGCGGCGAGGCCUUGCUGCCCGAGCAAAUCGCCAAAGUCAUCAAGAUUAACGAGUUGAUCCGAGAGUUGGACGCCCUCGGUUUCGAUGCCGAGGGAGAGCCAAAGGCAGCCCCGGAUGCUGCUGAGGGUGAGGACGGCGACAAGGAGUGAUGGGGCAUAUCGUCUAUUUCGCCAUUAGGUGAUGAACCUUGGACAAACACCUGAGCCUGGUGGACGCAACCCCUGCCCCAGAGACAGCUUCUUGGAGUUCAAUGCACCCACGACAGCUCACAUCCGUCUCGAGCCGCCAACUCAGAUGAGCUUGGAAACAAACCUGCGACAUAGCGCACGCUGUCGUCUACUAGAACUCCAGACUGCAAAGUCUAAUGAUGCCCGGACCUUUCGUCGAAGCCACCAUUGAUUAUUCUCCGUCAUGGAGUUGGGUCCUCGAGGCACAAUCCCCCUCCACUGCUUAAUUGGACCAGUAUGGUGAGCUGUCACCCUAAAGUUGUCACACUCUAUGGUGGGAAAACGAGGAGCGGUUUGAAUUGGGGGUCUUGUAUGGCAUGUGUAAUGGUUUCGUAGUAUGGUCCUCUGCCAAAUACUUCGAAAAGGAUUGUAUAUACCUAUGUUCAACCAAACAUGUGCCUUCUAUA